GGAGGCAGAGGAGGAAGAGGAGGCCCGGCCGAGGCCGGUCCUGCUCCUGCUGGGCCGGGGAGAGCAGCCGGAGGGAUGUGGCGAGUUUAGGGGCAGUUCAAGGAGCAGUUUCCCCGCUGCGAUUCAGGCGAGCUCAGCGAAGGGGCUCCGGGAAGAAAGGACGAGGAAAGGAUGUCACACGGGACGGAUCGUGGCUGAAAUGCGCCUUCUUCAUAGUUUUUCCCCAGAUGCGGUUUCAGACCUCGGAAGACAGAAUGGCUAAAGGGAAGGCGAAAUCCCCCAAGCCUCCCACCGGCAACUCCGCGCCCAACCCGGAGCGGCUCAAAAAGUUGAACCGGAAGAAAAAGAAGAAAAAAAUCUUCUGGAAAACGAAAGCUCGGGAAGGGGGCGAGAAGCAGAAAGGUAGCCACAAAGUCGACGUGGUGCGGCCCCCGAAAGCUCCGCAGGAAUUUUCCCACAACUGGAAAGCGCUGCAAGAGCUCCUGAAACAAAAAACACCCGAUCGGGAAAGUGGUCCAACCUCCCGGGCGGGGCCUAGGAAGCCACGCAAACCCAGCCCUCGGAACGGCAAGCCGGCUUCGUCUCAGAGAGGAAUUGGUAGCCCGAGGCCAGCCGAUCCUGCAGACCGGACAGGCGGGAAAUCUGCCAAGGCAGCUGCUCCUUUGGAACCACCGAACGACAGGACGGCCGCCCUCGGUAAAAGCCCCGUCGGAGCAGCGGGAAAUGGGAAGGAGACGAAGAGGAGAAAGAACGGCAGCAUUCACCAGGAGCAGAGGGACAUCAAACACAAGAAGAGGAAAGUAGAGACGAAGGCAGAGACCCCAGCCCCCCUCUCGUCCGCAGAUGCUGACAUCUGGUUCGACGAUGUGGAUCCUGAGGAUAUCGAGGCUGCCGUAGGGCCGGAGGCUGCCAGGAUAGCCCGGCAGAACCUGGGCCUUGAAGAGGACCAGGUACCGCAAGUAGAAAAGGUCCUGGUGAAGGAACAGGCCUUUGACGGGCUGACGCGAGCCGUAGCCAUGGACUGCGAGAUGGUGGGGGUCGGGGCGCAGGGAGAAGAGAGCGUCCUCGCCCGCGUGUCCAUCGUGAACCAGUUCGGGAAGUGCGUGUACGACAAGUUCGUCAAGCCGACGGAGAAGGUGACCGACUACAGGACGACGGUCAGCGGGAUCCGCCCGGAAGACGUCCGGAACGGAGAAGACUACCGGGUUGUUCAGCAGGAGGUGGCUAAUCUGCUGAAGGGACGGAUCCUAGUCGGGCACGCCCUGCAUAACGACCUGAAGAUACUACUUCUCGAUCAUCCGAAGAAGAAGAUCCGGGACACCCAGAAAUAUAAACCUUUCAAGAAAGAGGUCAAGAGCGGGAGGCCGUCCCUGAAACUGCUGUGCGAGAAACUCCUCGGCGUGAAGGUGCAGAAGGCCGAGCACUGUUCGGUUCAGGACGCUCAAGCCGCAAUGAGGCUGUACACCAUGGUGAAAAGACAAUGGGAGACCGCCGUCCAAAACCGGUAUAAAGUGGGGAAAAGAGCCAACGGUUGGAAAACGUAACCAACCUUCCCCCAUCGCUCCCCGCCCCUCUCCCCUUCCGGCUCUCUCCUCUCCGCACCGGCAGACACCUUCCGCAGAGCCACCUGGAACUCCCCGGCCACCUUUUCUUUUUCUCUCCGCUCUUCACUGUGUUCCUUCGCCAACUGAGCGGGCCUGGCGGCUCCCGGGAGACUCUGACCUCCGGUAAUCCAGGUCGGGCUCUACUCCUCCGGAGAGGGGCAGCGAGGAGGAGCUCUGCGGGGUCACCGUUGGCCAUCGUCCCCCGGGAAGCGCCCCUUCGGGCCCGGGGUCUUUUGUCCUCGGUUCUCCUGAGACCAGCCUCGACCGAGUCUCCGUCCAGGAGCCCGGUAGAGAGCCAAACUAAGUUUAGCUUGAGGGAAAAGAACCUGGGCUGGUAACUCCAUCUGAUGAUGAUGGUUUUAACCGCUGGCUCGGAUGCAGGAUUAUCCACUAGACUGUAAACGCGUGAUGGAACGCGUCUGCUAAUUCUGUUGUACUAUCCCGAGCGCUUAGUACAGUACGACGGAGUUGGUAGACCCCUCGGCCCUCAGAGAGCUUACAGUCUAGGGGGAGAGACACAGAUUAAUAUAGUUUACAGAUGUGGGGCCGAGGUGGGUGAAUAUCAAGUAGGCGGGGACCCCGUCUACCAGCUCUGUCGUACUCUCCCGAGUGCUUAGUACGGUGUUCGCGCAGUAAGCGCUCAGUGAAUCCCAUCGAUGAUCCUCUUGCCAACAGGACUGAGGCAGAAACGGGGGGUCCGUAAUCUGAGGGAGACUCGGCUACAUUGACGACGUGUGGGUUCCCGAAAUGAUUCCAAGUGAGGAAAGUCAAGGGUGCGGUAGAAAAAAUGUAUAACUCCUCUGGGAUGGAUUCUGUACAAUAAAUGUGCUCCUACUUUGGGGUGGAAGCUUCUUGUGAA